GGAACAUCUGCCAUUAUCUUCUUGCACAGUACACUAUGGCAUCUCCCAAGAUCACACUUUACUUUGACAUCGUCAGCCCCUUUGCAUACAUUGCCUUUCAUGUGCUGAAGAACUCGCCAACCUUUGCCAAGUGCGAUGUCAGCUACGUGCCUAUUCUAUUGGGUGGCUUGUUCAACCAGUGCAGCAAUACACCACCCAUCAGUAUCAAAAACAAGGACAAAUGGAUAGACGUGGAGCGCAGAAGAUGGGCGAAAUAUUUCUCUGUGCCCAUUUCUGACAACACACCCGAGGGUUUCCCGCCGCGUACUUUGACGGUUCAGCGAGCCCUGUGCGUUGUCUCGCAGAAGGCUCCCGCGAAAUUGUCCUCCGUCAUUGAGGCACUGUACCAUUCGUUCUGGGUCCAGUCAAACUCCAAGAUUGGUGAGCCAGCAGGGUUUACGCCUGUAUUUGAGAGCGUGCUUGGACAGCAGGCUACCAAUGAAAUCUUGUCUGCCAUUACGGAGCCUGAGAUGAAAGCUAUACUGACCUCCAACACCGAUCGAGCUUUCAAGGCAGGUGCCUUUGGAAUUCCGUGGUUUGAAUGCACAAACAGGGAAGGCAAAACCGAAGGCUUCUGGGGCAUCGAUCACUUGGGGCAGGUGGUUGACUUCCUGGGACUGGAUCGCAGCCGUGAUCCGGGCUUCCGGGCAUUGCUGUAACGGUUGCAAAACGAGCAUCCUGAACAAUACGUAGGCAAUAUAUGGGAGACUGCCCAAUAUGCAUCAUCCGGGAUUGGAUGCACUUUUGGCGAGGGACAUACUCAGGGCAUCAUUUGAAUGAUCACUAGAAUUCGAGAAAUCAGAUGCAUAGAAACACCUGUCUUAUGGUAUUGAGUCAUUUCAUUGAAACCCCCUUGUGACAGUGGCGAGUGGAUCAGAGUAUUCGUUGGGUGGGUGAUUGAGAUGUUAUAUCAAAGGAUGGAGGCUAGAUGCAGGGCUUAUGACAAACCCGGUAGAUAUUGGGUGACCCCUCAAUGGGCAGCACCUCGGUAAAUCAAUGUGGUUCUUG